CUAUCAUUCACCAUGGCGGGCACCUGUUCGAUGCUGUGCUUGAUUAUCGUCACCCUGUUCAUUCCGCCACUCGGCGUCUUCAUGAUCGCCGGUUGCGGCGUUGACUUCUGGAUCAACCUACUUCCCGGGCCAUAUUCAUGCAUUUUACCUCGAAUACGUCUACUAUCAACGUCGCAACCGCGACCCUUAACCCGCGCCUCUCAGCGCCCUGCCCCCGGCGUCUACUCCGAGCGCAUCCAGAACGGCGGCCAUAGCCGCUCGGACGCGCCUCGCAACUAUGGCACUAUCUGA